UUCAUUACUAUUUCUUCACUGUGAUAUUGUGCCAGGGGUGCGUUAAUUAUUUCAAGAUAAGUACGAAUCAAUGAAAAAAUACUCUCCGUGCAGUGAGCAUAGGUUAAUAAGAUAAAGUAACACAAAAUUAACGCUUAAAUACGUUUGAUUCUUCCAAGACUCAACCAGUGAUGUAUUACGCCUUUUCAUAGGAGUUUUUUGUAUUAUAUGUUGCAAGAAACAUAACUUUUUUGGUUUUUUUUACAGUUAGAUUGUGCUGAACAUAAUUUCAACUCCCGAGAGCUUGAAAUUGAAAGUUCGUUUCUCAGUGCAGACAACCUGUAUCUAAAUUAAAACUAUUGCAAUGGAUCUACGUUUUAUUUCUAUUAUUUUGACGACUAUAGCUAGCAUUGACUGCCUAAAAAUCUUAAUUAUCUAUCCCACUCCGUCUUACAGUCAUCAGCGAGCAAUUCUUGCCUUGUCAGAGAGACUUCUGAAAGAUGGCCAUAAAUUGUUCGUGAUCAGUCCAAACGCUGUACCGGGAAUGGAGAGUAACCAUAACUACACAUACGUGGACUUGUCGUUCUCAUAUGAGAACUUUUCAGAACGGAAAAGCGAAGACACCGUUAACUUACAAACACAUAUAAGUAAAUGGGACCUGCCUGCUCUUAUGCAGAACUUUGCGAGAAUGGCUAAAAGACAAUUUCUCAGUAAACAAUUUCAGGAAUUCAAGAGUCGCGUGGAGGCGGAACGUAUGAAAUUUGACCUCAUCAUCGUGGAGACAUUUUUCAUCCCAUGGCAAUCAGUACUGGAGCCUCACGUAGGCUCUGCGCCCAUCAUCUCCAUGUCAACGGUGGUCCAAGACUUCAUGGGGGAGGACGCGGUAGGGUCCAUCGCGCACCUCUCCUACUUGCCCUCUAUGUUCAGCAAUUAUCGCCCGAACAUGAACCUCUUCGAGAAAAUUGAGAAUUGGGUUUCCGAUUACAUCGUGCGGAAUGGGUAUUUGUCAGCUCUGGAGGCGACGGCGAGGAGUUACUUCAACGAGGUCUACGGCCCGGGGACCGAGAAGUUGGUGGAUGGAUGUUGGGGCCAGGUCGAUCUGAUUUUGAUGGCCACCAACUCGAUGUACUACUACCCGAGAGCGCUGACUCCCAACGUUGUCGAGAUUGGACCGUUGCAUCUGAAAACCCCCGAGAAACUGCCCGAGAAUCUGCAAAAUUGGCUGGACGGAGCAGAGAAAGGGGUCAUUUAUUUCAGUCUCGGGAGCAACAUGAAGAGUAAAUCUCUGCCCAUAGACGUGCGACAGAAUUUCUUGAAAUUUUUCAAGCAGCUGCCACCGGGCUAUCGUGUGCUGUGGAAAUGGGAACUCGAUACGAAAAUUCCUGGCCAGCCUGAGAACGUCCACUCCCAGAAAUGGAUGCCUCAGGAUAGCGUGCUGAAUCAUCCAAAAGUAAAAGUGUUCAUAACCCAAGGAGGUCUGCAGAGCUUCCAAGAAACUGUGCACUUUGGAGUUCCAACGGUUGGAAUCCCUUGGUUUGGCGAUCAGGAAUGCAAUGUCGCCAAGAUGGUGGACGCUGGAAUCGGGACACAACUGCUCCCGCAUGAGCUCCAUUCCUACGACAAAAUCAAAUCAGCGCUGGAGGCUGUUCUGUUCGAUGACAAAUAUGCGAAGAAUAUGAAACGGCAUUCACUGAUAUCUCGCGAUUUUUCAUCCAGAGGCAUGGAUCAAGCGGUAUUUUGGGUCGAACAUGUUGCUAAACAUGGCGGGGCGGCUCAUCUGAGACCAGCGACUGCCGAUACUACUCUCUUCCAAUAUUUUUGCCUAGAUAUAAUUUCUGUCAUUUUAGUUUUAAGUUGUUUCAUUUUAGGCAUUGUUUUUCUCAUCAUGAAAGCAUUAGUUUCAGCAUUUCUCCUGACAGUAAAAUCUGAAACGAAGACGAAAACGCAAUAAAUCCUGACUUGUGAUAUGCCUAACAUUAUUCGAUGACUUCAAAUAACUUCAUAGGAUUAAUUUAUUUAAAUACAAUUUCGACAUAUUGAAAAGAAAGAUUUGUACUGGUUCAA